AUGGUCAGCAACAGUUGGUUUGACAAUAAGGAUUUUCUUCCUUUUGUGGAAAAGGAAUGGGGGAACCUUAGAGUUGAAGGCAGAGGCGAUUUCGUGAUUAAAGAAAACUUAAGAUUGCUUAAAAAUAGUCUUCGGAGGUGGAACGUAGAAGUGUUCAGGAAAAAUGAUUUGGAGAUUGAAGAAGGUAUAAAGAAGAUCAAUGAGGCAGAUGAUUUACUAAGUUGUUGUAAGGAGAAUCAAGUGGAGAAAGUGAUUGCUAAUAGAAGUUCUGCAACUAGUCAAAUAUGGAUGCAAUUGAAAAUUAAAGAAAACAUGAUUCCUCAGAAGUCUAGGUUGAAGUGUAAUAGAGGAGGUGAUUCAAAUAGCAGAUUCUUUCACUGUGCGAUGAAGGGUAGGCGUAAGAGCAACUUUAUUGGUAAUAUUAUCACUAACAAUGGGGUCUUGGAGACUGUUGGGGAUGUUAAGGAGGAAAUUAAGAGGCAUUUCAUCGAGAAAUUUACAAAAUAUGAUUACAACCGCCCAUUUUUAGAGGGAGUUUCUCUAAAAUCAUUAUCUAGCAAAGAAAGUGAUUCUCAAGAAGCGCCAUUUUCUAAUUUGGAGAUUAAGUAG